AUGGGAAACUGCUUACCGACGCUGUUCGGCUUUACGCGACAACAUGAUGAGACGCCGCUCCGAAGAAGCCGUUCAUCUGAUGCCGCAAUGAGCUUCACCAACCCAACAAUGUUGCAACAAAGCAGCUCAUACGUAAAUCAACUCUAUCAACACAACGUAAUUAGACAACGGCAAGCUCAGGAACAUGGAAGAGAUUUGGAUGAAGCAAAGCAAAUGAGAAUCCGCGGAUUGUUGGAUCAAAUUCCAGCCGAUGUGUUCCGUGGAGACAUGAAAGACAAUGAAUGCGCGAUUUGCAUGGUCGAUUUUGAGCCCGGAGAAAGGAUUCGAUUUUUGCCAUGUAUGCACUUGUUUCAUCAAGAAUGUGUCGACAAAUGGCUUAUGAAAUCGUUCACAUGUCCAUCGUGUCUCGAACCAGUUGAUUCUACAAUCCUUUCUUCCCUCACCGCCCACACCCAACAAUCCCUUCAACAACUCGCUUGUUCACCCGUUUCUGCUGUCAAACAAUAA